AUGGAUGAAAUUUCUCUAUCUGCCGACGACAUACCUGAUCCUUCAAUUCAAAUUGCAGAUUUUUGUGAUCUUUGCAGUGAAGAAAUACCUGCAGGAAAUUUAGAGCAGCAUUACCUUACUCAUAUUGAUUAUUCUCCUCAUGUGUGCAAUAUAUGUCAUAAAAGUUUUACUAGGAAAUACAGCCUUCAAAUACAUUCAUUGAUUCAUUCUGGACAGAAGCCUCAUACUUGUACUAUCUGCAACAAAGGAUUUACACAAAAAAGUGAUUUGAAUAAGCAUUAUCAACGGCAUCUUGGAAAUAAGCCGAAUGUUUGUGAUAUAUGCGAAAAAGGAUUUUCUCAGAAAAGUGAUUUGAAGAAACAUUACAUGACUCACACUGGCAAUAAACCUUAUGUUUGUACUAUUUGUGAAAAAAAGUUUACUCAGCGAGCACAUCUGAACCAUCAUAUUUUUGUUCAUAUCAAAUUGAAACCUUACAAAUGCAGUCUUUGUACGAAGGCUUUCUAUUUGAAACAAAGUUUAAGGAAACAUAUAUUAGGACAUGCCAGUGAAAAAUCCUAUGCUUGUAAUACAUGCAGCGAAACAUUUGAAGCCAAAUCAACAUUGCAGAAGCAUAUAGCUGUUCACUCCAAGAAGAAAUACAUUUGUAAAGUUUGCAAAUCUGAAUUCCCGUCAGUGCAAGAGUUAAAAGAUCAUCAAUCAACGCAUGAAGGCGAGCAGCAAUUUUCUUGUAAUGUAUGUGACAAAAAAUUCUUUUUGAAAGGUAGAUUAAAUCAUCAUAUGCUUAGUCACAAUGUAGUUAAGCCACAUGUCUGUACAAUCUGCAACAAAAGUUUUGUCCAAAGAGUUCAUUUGCGAGAUCAUCUUAUGAUUCAUACUGGUGAAAAGCCUCAUUCUUGUUAUGUUUGUAAUAAAGAAUUUAUUCAGCUUUCAUCAUUGCAAAGGCAUUAUGCAACACAUUCCAAUGAAAAACAUCAUGCUUGUAAAAUUUGUAAAAAAUCUUAUUCUCAAAAGAGUGAUUUGAAUAGGCAUAUGUUAAGUCAUGUUAAUGAAUAA